UCAAAGAUACCGUACAACAAUGGCAGAAUGUUUUGGACAGUGAGAUAUGGCAAUUGGAGGAAGCAACUAUGGACCUUUUCCCUCAUUUUUAUCUAAGCUACAACGAGUUGUCCCCAGAGCAGAAAAGUUGCUUCUCCUAUUGUGCUGUCUUUCCCAAAGAUCAUGAGAUAGUUGUAGAAGAGCUUAUUAGGCUGUGGAUAGCACAAGGUUAUGUUCGCCCAAGACGAAGAGGUGAGUGCUUGGAGCUGGUGGGCCUUGAGUACUUCAACAAUUUGGCAAUGCGCUCCUUUUUUCAAGAAAUUCGAAAAGGAACGUAUUCAGGGCAUGAAUUUAUGAAGUGCAAGAUGCAUGACAUAGUGCAUGAUUUUGCACGAUUUCUCACAAAAAAUGAAUGUCAUGUACUUGAUGGAAUUGGAGGAAAUUUAUUGAGUGAAAGAGCCCGUCAUCUAACAAUUUUGGAAGGCACUGAGGAGACGUUUAGUUCUUCAGCAUUUGAUCUUGGAAGGCUCAGGAGCCUUUUUGCUUUUUCACGGGGAAGAGUUCCCCAAGAUCUCUUUCGCGGUCUGAAUUGCGUGAGGACGCUAACUUUAAGUCAUUGUCAGUUACGUGAAGUCCCUACUAAGGUUGGAAGUUUGGUUCAUCUUCGACACUUGGACUUAAGUUGGAAUCCUUUUGAGACAUUGCCAGAAGCUAUAUGUGAUCUAUAUUAUCUGGAAACUUUGGAUAUCAGUUAUUGUAGAAAGCUUUCGUGCCUUCCUAAAAGGAUUGAAGGUCUUGUACACUUGAAGCACCUUUUCAAUCAUAACACCUAUGAAUUACUUCAAAUGCAACAAGGACUCGGGAAGCUGACUUCACUUUGUAGUUUGACUAGUUUCAUUGCUAGCAACAACUCUGUUGAUUUGGCAAUUUUGAAGGAUCUGAAGCAACUGGAGAGAUUGUAUGUUGAUAUUCAUGGAAAAGGAGAUUUUGGGAGUGCGGAACUUGGAAAGAAAAUUUACUUGCGUGAGAUGUUACUGCGGUUUAGCGAUGAGGCCCACUCUGAAGGAACUCCAAGUUGGAUUCAAACCAUGGAACCACCUCCAAACUUGCAACAACUUGCGCUAGUUACCUAUCCAGGAACCCAGCUACCAAGUUGGCUUGUGACAGAAACUCUCAUCAGUAGCUUGACAAAACUAUUUAUCGUUGAGCCCCGCAAUAUCUCAUCCUUGCCUACUUUGUGGAAGCUAUCAUCCCUAGAAGAACUUCGCCUUGAGUAUGUGGAAGAGCUAGAAUAUUUGGGUAAGGAAUUCUUCGGAAUCACAUUGUCAAAAUUCGAGUCAUCAUCCUCAACUGAAGCAGUAGCAUUUCCGAAUUUGAGAAAAUUACAUUUUCUUAAAUUCCCAAAUUGGACAAAUUGGGAAGACUUGAGUGAAGAGGAUGAAAAAGUUGUUGUCUCUAUCAUGCCAUGCUUAGAGGAGCUAGAGAUUGAGGCUUGUGAUGAGCUGAAGGGUCUGCCACAUCGCAUCCUUGGAAAGAUGUCAUCUCUCAAAAGCUUGAAAGUUCAGCAUUGCAACAAGUUAAGGGAUCGUUACUCCAACAAAACAGGAGACGACUGGCUGAAAAUAUCAUCACGCAUUCCUCGAAUUCACAUAUCUCAAUAUUAAUCUGUUCAGGUAAUACUUAUUGAUGGCUCAGAUUUAAGCUGCAACAGAAG